CACUGUCGGACGUCGAAUAAUUGGAACGGGUUUCCUGUCAAUUCCCGCAGUGCUAUCUAGAUAGAGAAAACAUCAAUCGGCUUCGCUCCUUGCUUCGGAAACUGUAAGGAGAUACGACGGAAAUUUCACUAUCCUGUAGCAAGCACUAAAGCAUGCGGUUCAACGCCACGAGGCAAACGGAUCAGGUAUAUUGAAACAUGCGUUUUGUACGGCGGAGUUACGAAUAGUCUCUGCGGUGGGAAUACCUUGCAAAUGUCCCCGUGCCUCUCGUGGGGAUAUUUUCUCAAGAAACUUGGGGUCCGCCGCAAAAGGGCUCCAACUCCUGAAAACGCCGAUGCUUCAGCUGCUGGAGGCGAACGUCAAAGAGAAGAUUUACCGGAGAUGCCGGAUCCCAUGCAGGUCCAACAGCUACCGCCGCCGCACGAGAAUAACAAAUACGAUAUGACUCUCCUCCACCCCAACUGGCGAAAAUUUCCUCACGCACCACUUUACGGAUGGACCAACAAUCACGCACAGCAGCUGAAGAACCUGAAUCAAAUGAUGGUCAACGGAAUCUUGGAGUCAGCUUACUACAAUUCGGAAAGCGAGUACUGGAAGGCAAAAUUUGUAAAUAAUUUCACCGUUCUACCACAACCGAACGUCAGCAGCGUGAACGAAGCAAUUCUUCUGCUGCGCCGAAGUCAGAAUUUCCAGAAUAAUUCUUGCUGCAGCGAAACACCGGCCGAGUACGAUGCGGAUGACGAAUUAGAAAACAGCAUGAGAUCGCAGCGAUAUUACAAUCACGGCAAGCCUCGACGACACGUUGAACAACAAACUGCAGUAUAACUUAUUCGAAGACAUGGACAUGGACUCUCUUCGAAAGGUCUUUCGUAUCGGAUAGUCACGGAAAACGGUGAAGCUGAAGAUAGACGAUCGUGUCGAAAAAAAUGUGAAAUCUUUCGCAUUGUCCAGAACCGAAAGCAGACGUGAUUGAUCCGUCAUAAGUGCAGACAAGUAUCCACGUCAAGUCACCGUUCUUUUUCUCAUUCUUACAAAUAUUUGUUACCUUGUGAAUUUCAUGAGAUGAAAAAUACAGUACGAUUAAUACAAGAU